ACCUCCGACGCCCAGGGCGAAUUCGCCGCUGCCGUCGACGAACUGCUCGACCAACUGCAACAUAAAUUCGAUACCGUGUCGAGGGAGAUGUCCGGGAAGCUUGAUGAUAUGACCAGGCGGCUUGAUGAGUUGGAGGCCUCGUUGUCGACUGCGGGGGAU